AUGAAGAACAAGUAUGAUAGUUUAUUUGAGGGAAUCAAAGUACAAGAAAAUCAAACCCUCCUGAAGAGAAUUUACACACAGCUGUACAUCAUAGAGGGAGAGAUCUUCACAAACUUCUGCUUUAUACAUCUCAGCUUUCAGGAGUUCCUUGCUGCUCUCUAUGUGUUUUACUAUUACAACAGCCUAGGCACUUCACAGUUUUUUGAUGUAAUUUAUACUGUACUGAAAGGUGCAGUGGAUAAAUCCCUUCAGAGUAAAACUGGUCAUCUGGAUCUUUUCCUGCGAUUUCUGCUGGGCAUCUCACUGGAGUCCAAUCAGAGACUCUUACAGGGUCUACUGACACACACGGUGGACACCUCAGAGAGCAUCAGAGAAACUAUUACAUAUAUCAAAGACAAGAUCAAAGAUGGUCGGGAUUUCUCCACUGAACGAUCCAUCAAUCUGUUCCUGUGUCUGCUUGAAGUGAAUGAUCAGACUCUGUACAGAGAGAUUGAGGAGUUUGUGAGAUCAGACAAACACUCAGAGAAGAAACUCUCUGUUGCUCACUGUUCAGCAAUAGCCUACAUGCUUCAGGUGUCAGAGGAGGUGAUGGAUGAGUUUGAUCUGAAGAAAUAUAACACAACAGAGGAGGGCAGAAGAAGACUCAUACCAGCUGUCAACAACUGCACAAGAGCUCUUCUUGCUGACAGUAAACUUACUCAUCAGUGUUGUGAAAUCAUCGCUUCAGCUCUCCAAUCAUCAAACUCUCCUCUGAGAGAACUGGAUUUGAGUAACAAUGACCUGCAGGAUUCAGGAGUGAAGCUGAUCUCUGAUGCUCUCAAGAGUCACAACUGUCAACUACACAUACUGAGGUUGUCAGGUUGUAUGGUGAGCGAUGAAGGAUGCCAUUAUUUGGCUUCAGCUCUGAGUUCAAACCAGUCACACCUGAGAGAGCUGGAUCUGAGCUACAAUCACCCACAACACUCAGGAAUUCAGCUGAUCUCUCAUCUAAAUGAUCCAAACUACACACUGGAGACACUCAAUUUGGACCAUGGAGGAGAGAGCAGGAUUACACCAGGACUACGAAAAUACGCUUGUGAUUUCACGAUGGAUCCAAACACAGCAUACCCUCAACUUGUUCUAUCUGAGGGGAACAGAAAGGUCACACGUGUGAAAGAGUCUCAGCCGUAUCCUGAUCAUCCAGACCGAUUUGAUUACUAUUGUAAUGUUUUGUGUAGAGAGAGUUUGACUGGACGCUGUUACUGGGAGGUUGAAUGGAACGGACAAGGAGCUCGUACUUCAGUGGUUUAUAAAGGAAUCCGCAGGAAAGGCAUGAGCAAGGACUGCUGGUUUGACUACAGUGAAAAUUCCUGGAGUUUGACCUGCACUCCUAAAAGAUUCACUGCCUGUCACAAUAGUAAUAAAACAGACAUUCCUGCUCCAUCUCCUCUCUCUAAUAGAGUAGGAGUGUAUGUGGACUGUCCGGCCGGCACUCUGUCCUUCUACAGCGUCUCUGACACACACACACUCACACACUUACAAACAUUCAACACAACAUUCACUGAACCACUCUAUGCUGGACUUAUGAUUUAUCCAGACUCAUAUGUGAUGUUGCUGUGAUCCCCUUAAACAUACCUGUUAUUAGGCUUGCCAACUUUGUCACUAUGAAAUAUGGGAUAAAAGUUUUUCGAUUCUUUUUAAAUUCUUACUGUAGUUUAAAAAUGAUCAAAUGAAUGAACAAAUUUCUGUUCAGUUCUAAGAGCCCUGUGUUUAACUCAUUCACACAGACACAUACAUAAACUUUGCGAAUAAAUAACAAAAUAUAACGAAAAGUAUGUGUUUGUUUUCACAACUAAAACAAUGCCACAGCAAACCACAACAUUUGUGAGAUGUUUUUCAAUGCCAUUUCAUAGUGUUUUUUGUAGUAAACAGCCUUCUUACUAUCUAAACAUCAAAGUUUUGUCAACAGUCGGUUAUGUCUGUGAAGGUAAACA